UUCUCAACCAACGCUAAGGCCGAAGCGACACAUUCAACUGUACCUAAAUUCGAGCCGCUUCAGCAGUUUUUCAAGACUCCCCUCCUCAGCACACCCGUCAUGAUCUCAUCCUAUAUACAACAUCCCCCUUCCGCCCCGCAGAAGGCCUGAAGAACGAUUCUCAUGGCGCGAACUGGUACCCCGCAGGGCGCCGCCCCAGCCCAGCCUAAAAAGGCCCAGCAGCAGCAGACCCGGAAACGAAGUCUCGGGCAUUUUAAAGGACGGGGUUCAGAGUCUGCCCCUCCGUCGUCCAAGAGAGCGAAGCAAGAUCCACGACCCGGCUCUCGACAGCUACGGCCAGAGUCCGCUAAAGAAGCCGACGACGAGGGGAGUUUAGAGGCCACCAGCGCCAGUGCGCGUUCGACACUGCCGGAAGAUCUCACAUCCUCGCACGAUGUCACGGCGAUGAACAUCAUCUCGUCCUCGCACAUCCAGCAGAAAGCCACGCGGGCCAUCGAGGCACUAGCGAGCUAUCCAGCCGUUCCUCCUGCAAAACCGGGAUUGGUCGUACUCCACGCCAAAGCGCCCGUCGCGUCGAAGAUGAUUACCAUUGCGGAGAUCACGAAGAGGGAAAUUGGGAAGAGUGGAGGGAAAUGGUUCCAGUACAACAAGAUCGAGCAGGUUGUGGUGGAGCAGAAGGACCGACCGGAGAAGACCAGUGACGAGGCUACGGGGGUAGGAAAACCGCUGGCUGAUGCUGAUGAGGAGGGCGCGGAUAGUGGGGAAGAGGAUACAGCAUUUGAGACAAUGAAGACGCCAUUCGAGAGAGCAAACGAGGGCAGGCCGAAGGUUCGAGCGGUUCCUAUUAUGACCAUAUAUCUGGCUCGUGACCGGAUUGACAGUCUGAGGAAGGCUUAUGGGGAACAAACCAAUGCUUUGGAAGCAUCAAAACGGUAAAGGCAUCCGUGCUAUUUCUGGGGAAAUUGGCGUUCUGGUUGUUAAGUAGACGAUACCCGGUUCAUGCUUCUCAUGAAGCAUGCAACACUCGCAGAUUUGCACAUAGCUC